CCGCUUCCUCUUUCGAGCUGCUGCGCGAAGAGAACCAGAAACACAAAAUGGCUACUAGGUGUAAAAGGCAGCAAUGCACGAUCGACAGACACGGAUUUCGGCAGGAACUUGAUUCGUGGCGGCACAAACUCAUUCACUGUGUAGGUUUUGAGAGCAUUCUCGAAGGUCUCUCUGGUCCGGAGCUGGUAGAAGACCUAAAAUUAUUUAAAGACCUUGAGCCUACAGCAGUGUCUGACUGGUCAUUUGAUGAAAACUGUCUAUUCUGCUGUUUUAGACGGGACAAAGUAAAGGAACACUUAAUUGGUUUAAGCGACACAGGGCUUGAAGAUCCACCCAAACCUCUCCUGGUUAAAGAUCAGACCACAAUCAGCCGACUAGAAAAACAAGCAGAGGAAUUUCUCAAUGCAGUCCUCUCCAGAAAAGAUGUGCCAAAUUUCUCGGACCCACACAUUCCAGUAGUGGCUCGAGAGAUCCUUCACAGAAUGAUCCGACAGUUUGCUGCCGAAUAUACCUCAAAAACCAGCUCCCCUCAGGACAGUUGCUCAGAUUCCCAGCCUCACUCUGACCAAAGCCUGCCGACCCCACCCUUGCUCUCAGGGGCUCCUCCUUCUACCAGCCCUGCCGCCACUGUGGCUGGGCCUGCACACAACCAGAACCCCGUCCUCAGCAAGCUCCUCAUGGCUGACCAGGAUGCUCCUCUUGACCUCACCAUCAAGAAGCCCCUGGUUGUGCCUAGUGACCAAGAUGGAGUUCUUGACUUAUCUCUCAAAAAGAAUCGCUAUAGCAGCAGCCUGCCUGUUCAUAGUCCCUGCCUUUCUCCAGCUACAGCCGCACUCAAGGGGCGAUCCUUGAGAGCGGACGGACAAGUCGGGCUGUUUAUGAAGAGCCUACAGGAUGGGAGGAGGGAGAAUAUCGGCCACUCCAACCGUUAUAAGCCUUCCUCAUCUCUUGCAUACUCGCUGCACAUCAAAGAGGAGGCCGAUCUGGAGAGCGACCCAGAGUCACCUCUCAGCCAUAACCACAGCUUCAGACCCACUAACCUUUUCAGAAAUGGAUCUGCUUCCUGGAAUUCCAAAAUACAUUUUGGGGCCCUCCUCAAACUCAAAACCAACAGUGAGGCUAGUGAGCGCCUUAAAGACAUACCUAGGUUGUUGGAAGCUGCGGGACUUCUGACAAAGUCACUUGCCUAUGAGAAAGGAAACCUCCAGGUGGCCUGCAGCGACCAAAGCCUCUCCCUUUCUCAGUCACCAUCUUUUGACCUCAAGAUUCCCCAGGUGCGGGUUUUGGCCACAGGAACAGACCCAUCUUUGGAUUCCCUGUCCGCUGAGUAUUCAGGUUUGCUUUGUGAGAACGGUCUGGGAAAGACUCUUCGUUCCAUUCUACCUGGGCAGUUCCAGAAAAAGAGCAGUAUCUCAGGUUCAGAGAAGGAAUACUGGCCUUAUGACACUGACCGCCAGGCCUUGGGGGGAAACUAUCCUUUGGAUUCAGAGUCAGACCUAGGUAACAAGCAGCCAAGGAAGAAACGUGGGCGAUAUCGACAGUACAACACUGACCUGCUUGAAGAGGCUAUUGUGGUAGUGAUGGGUGGAAAAAUGAGUGUGUCUAAAGCCCAAUCGAUCUAUGGCAUUCCACACAGCACACUGGAAUACAAAGUUAAAGAGCGACUGGGGACCUUGAAACAUCCCCCCAAAAAGAAACUGAAGCUGUUAAGUCAGGUAGAGGAACAGCAUGUUUCACAGCCCCCCGAGAGGAAUGACUUCCGAAACUCCCAGCCCACUGUUUCUGAGAAAGGAAAGUGUACAUCUGAAGAGAAUGGGAAUGAUUUCCAUGAUGGAAGCCUCUCAUCAAAUGAGUGAUAUAACCGUUAAACACUAAUAAUGAUGUACUUUUUGACCAGACAGAUGUUGCAUUUGCCAGACAGUGGUUGUAGCUGACUUGUUUUUCCAUAAAACUUUAAUACAUGUGUGUAACAUUUAAAUCAAAAACACCCAUAUUUAUUUUUAACUUAUUCAAUUGUGCCCCUUACUUUUGAUCAUUAAUAUGUUUGUGUAUGGCCAUUUAUCUGAAACACUCAAAGUGUCCCCCUGACCUACUUGUUGUGCCUGGAAGGCAUACUUGCUAUUUGUUAAGAAUUUUCAUAUACUACAGUAUAUUGAUCAUUAAUUUAGUUUAUUUAUUUAGGUUAUGUUUUAAAAACGGCCAUUCCUAUCUCUAUAAAUGUAGUCUUUACACACAGCCAAACUGAAUCAUGUCUAAGGAGGUGGCGCCCCUCAGUGACCUCUCUCAGUACUGUUCAGAGCACUUAAUUCUGCUGUGUGAAUAUAGACCCUCCAAUUAUAGGUGAAAGCAUAUUAAGCACCCAUUAUUAUAACGUGUUUAAAGAUGACAGUGAAAGUCUCCGUCACUGUUUUGCAAAUGCACUUCUAUAACUCAAAUGGACAAAAAUCAGCAUGUCCAAACACUAUUAUACUCAAAGUAUCUAUUAUUUCAGCUUGUUGGAAUAGCAUGUGUUGUCCAGAAGUUCACUUUCCUAUUGAAUCAAAAUUAAGCUUAUCUUCACAAGCAUGACACGUCUUGUCACAUAAUAUAUAUAUAAUUUUUUUUUUAUGUUUUACUUUGCUUUAUGAAUGGUUUUAUUUUUAUUUUUUCAUUGCCUUCACUGCACUCAGGAUACAUUCAGAUUGGGAUGCAGUACUUGUCAGUCAAAAGCUCACUGUACACACACAAAUAUACCUCAGAUACAGAUAUGCUAAAUUAAAUAAUUUCCUUGUGUUAGCGUCACCUCUAAUGGGGAGGGUUAACAUACCCAAAUACUCCCUUUUUUGAGGUAAUAUUUCAGGAUGUCGUACUGACAAGUAUGUAUGCCCUACUCUCAGAUGUCUUCACAACCUUCCUUAACUAGUUACCAGUAGCAUUUCAGUGCCAGUGUAAGCCUUCAGAGCAUUUCAGUUCUGUGUGAUUUAGGGCUUGUCUUUUUCAGAUUGCAGGUAUUAUCUCUGGGAUAUCUUUCUGUAAGACCAUGAGAAAGGCAGAAUUUUCAUUUUUCUUUUGAUCAUCAAAAUAAUGCAAAAACAUUGUCAGUAUUUUCCUACAUAUGUACAACGUAUUGUACAAAGACAUUUUGCUUGCCUAUGGCACAUGAUAAUGAAUUCACUCUUCAGCUUAAACACUUGUAUGGUUUGUGAGGAUGAUGCUACGUUCCAUCCCUAAUUAUUCACAGUCACAAACAGUGCUUUAGCUAAACUCUUGGUAUCAGAUAAAUCCUAACGCCUACCUAAAGUUCAUUCAGGUAUUUUUAAAAGUUCAGGUAAACAAGAAAAUAAGAUCAGUCCUGUCCUCAUGUCAGUCAAAAAAAUCUAGGUGCAGCAUUGUCAGUUUUAGAAGCUCUCAUAAAGUCAUUAUUUAUUGUUUAUUUUAAAAAACAGAACUUUAUCAAGCAAUAUCAGCAUACAGAGCCUACAGAGUGGCUGACUGCUAGCUUGCUGACAUUUGCUAGCUAGUCAGGUUAGUUAACUUGUGAGCUACUGUUACAAUCAUGCCUCCAUCCACCCCUACCUAUUUCUCAAGUUACUAAGGCAGAAAUUCAGUGAAAAUAUUUUUUUCAUCCCUGUCGAGAGGAAAAGUGAUAAUUAAUGGAAAUAAAAUAUUAUCUCAGGCUGCAGUGCAUUUGAAAGUCCACUUAUAUUAACUGUUUAUUGCUUGUGAUUACCUUUUGUGCAGUUACAGGCAACUACAGACUUUCUGUGAUUAUUUUUUUUAGUAACUUUGUUGAUCAUAGUUUGCAGUUAAUAUGAAUUUAUUUAUUUUUCACUGGAGAAAAUAAUUGUCUUAAAGCCAACCACAUGAUCAUGUGGGUUAAGACUUGCCUUUCCUUCCACCAUAUCCUUGAGAUGUUUCUGUGUAAAGUGGCUAUACCAAAACUCAGGUCGAUUGCCAUUUCGUUGAAAUCAAUACUGCUACUACUAACAAGCCAUUUUCAUUUAAUUUUUGCCUGGUGGACUAGGAAGAGGAUUGACUCUGUCUCGUCCAUUAUUUUACCACCACACCUCAUUCUGCAUUAUCACUUAUACCUCAGGACAUUCCAGAAUAUGGGACCAUGGCCCAUUAUUCUUGUAUCAGGUUGAUAAACAGAUCUAGCAAAUCUUGGUAAUUAUUUUUUGCAAAUCUUGCAACCGUUUUAGAUGUGUACAAUGUUGCUUAGAUAAACAUGAAUAGUUUGAUUAAAAAAAGGAUUCCUUAACUGCAAGCAUUUAACACGGAUAUUAUAUUGGCAGUCAUAUAUUACACAAAAUUACCUAGAUUGUAAACAUUUUUGGGUAAGAGUUGGUUCAGAAGUAAAAUAUAGUUCAGGGACUUUUAUGUUGAUAGCACUGUAACAAUAGUAUAAGUUAUGUCACUCUGUCACUUCUUGCUCUAAAUGCAGAUUUUUUUUAGUAUUGGUUUGGUUUUUUCAUGUUUGCAUUUCUGCUCCAUUUUAAGUGAAAAAUCGUCAUUUUUUUGUAACCGAUUAACCACUCUAAAUUGCAUAUAAUGGUUACACAUAUUCACAAAAUGACGGAGUAAUUUGGCUUCAGUUGAAAAAAAUUAAACUAAGCAAUUACUUCUAGUACACAAUGUACAAUUAAGUAAAAUCUAGUCACUAAUUUGCUGUCAUUAAUUUAAUUAUUCACGCAUUGACAAUCAUCCAGCAUUACUCAAGUCACACCUUUUCUCAUUCAAAGUGUUAAAUGCAUUUUAAGUGAUAUAUUAAAAACAUACAAGCACUUUGGCUUUAUUGACAGGUAAAACACAUUUUUGCUCUCCUCAUUGUCUAUUGUAGCAAAUCUAAUGGUUGACUACCUCAUCUAGAAAACCCACAUCUACUACGACUACUACUGUUUUCAUAGCUGUUUUAUGUAGCAAUUUCUCAUGUACACAACACACAGUCUAUUGUAGAUUUUGUUUUGAGUAAGGCAAAUAGCUUGAGCUGUCAUAAAGUUGAUAUAAGACAGUAGAAUAUCUAUCUAAAGUUUGACCAUAUGUAAAUAUUUCAGUGUAUCUUUGUAGUUAAUUGCACCGUGAUCUACUUAAUGUUUGCUUCGUCUAAAUUCUUUUUUCUUUUUGGGGUGGGGAUGAAGCGAUGUAGGGGGCUUGUUCAGACAGUUCACAAAAGCAUUUUUGAUGAUCUUCUGCUUUGGAGAAAAAACGUUUAGUUUCUUUUUGUGGGGGAAGAGUUAAUUUCCCCUUACAUACGGACUCAACCUAAUAUGCUUUGGAGUAAUUUCUUAAUGCAGUAUUUAUUAAUCGAUAUUUAUUAAUUAAUGGUUUUUUCAUCGCUUAAGUAACCAUGAAUGUAAAUGGCUUUAAUGAAACAAAAAGUUCCUCAUAUUGAUGUUUUAUAGACAUAAGUAGAUAAUGCUUAAAAUGUAUAUUUAAUGUGAUAGAUGUGAUGGGAUAACAUUUAAGAUCCCUCUUCACACCAAAAGUUGGGUAUCUUUUGCGUGGUAAAUAUAAUGUAUGAGGAAAAAAGUCUUUACACAACUGCAAAUGGUGUGGCUCUUCAAAUGACUAAAGAGUAUCCAUGUCCAUAAAAAAGUAUAUAUAGAUUUUGUAUAUUUGAUUGUACAUUUACAAUGUACAAAGGAAUGACACUGGGUAUAUUUUGCAUGAUUGGACUGAAUCAUAUGUGUCAGUGGGAAGUUAGUUGUAUAUGGUUGUAUAAGUUGAAAAUACUGGAGUGUUGUUGUAUCUUCCACCAAGGCAACAAUGUAUUUAAGAGAUUAAGUGUGAACCUGAAAUACUGCUGAACCUGAAAUAGCUAAACCCAUUCAAAAUCUGUUUAAGGGUUCAUUAAAGAUGUAUGAUUAAGUCCCCCAUACAGUGGUUCGUAAUUACCAGAUUUAUAUCCCUACUGUACAGUAUAUGAACAUUGCAGAUGGGUUAAAACAUCCGUGUUUGUGUGCUUGUGAAAUAUUGUGGAAUUGAGUUGUAAUUUGGUUUGCUUCCGCUUGUUAGAUUUGUUAUUUUAUUCCUCUGGAAGAAAAAGGCAUGUACAUUGUGUCAGUUCCUUACUGCAAUGCAAAAUGAAACAGAGAACAAACCCUCAGGGAUGAAACACUUACCACUUAUUAUUCAGGUACUCCACUAUACUCCUUAGACCUUGCAAGCAGGGAUGUGAAGCUAUUGAGCUUAGCAAAAACAUUUGUCAGUUUCCAGUUGCAACAAAUGUUAUUUUUUUAGUCUCUAAAAUGUAUAUUUUAAUCUAAAAUUUCCAUUUGAGAUAUUUUGGUGUGCUGUAAAAAGUUUGGUUGGAGCCACAAAAAAAAAAACCUUAGUACAUCUUUUCACUGUUUUAUUAUUUUUAUACUUUGUUACACUAUGAAUGUCAGUAUAGCCUCAGUGCAGGUAAGAUGUUGACUAAUGGGUAUUUAAUUAACAAGUUUCUUUCCAGGUCAGUGCAUCCAAACGGCACAUAAUUAAUUUAAAGCACAGUGUAACAUCCUAAAACUUACUGUACGUUCAUUAUAGCAUGCAGGCCUCCCAUCUCAAAGGCUGUAUUGUAACCUUGGAGAUUUAAAGCUGAAACCCGUAACGUAACACUAUUCUGUUUUGUCCAUGCAUCUGUUGGAGUAUACUAACACUAUAACAGACAAAUUUGCCUAUAUUGAAAAGUUCAACAAAGAAAAAAUAAAUAAAUCUGCAUUCACAUUUCACUUUUCUACAUAACUGUAAACUAACACUGAGUAGAGGCUAUGCAGCAAGCCUGAUAAUUCCACUUCCACUAUAAUAUGCCACUAUCUUUGCUAUAGCUUAAAGGUGGCAACAUGGGAAAAGUAUCAGAUUUCAACUUUACUAUGUUAAAAUAAAACUAUUUGUAGCAUACGAUUUGGCAAAGUAGUAUUAUUUAUAGUUGUAAUAAUAAUGUUGGUUUGCAGUUAUCUGGUUUGAACAAACAUGAGUCAAUAGAGCUUUUUUUUAUAACUGUGUUCAUCUUACAGUUGCCAGCAGUUCUUGCUCUGCAGUACACGCUGUACGCAAAGAUAUUAGUCUUUUUCAUUACACAUCAUACCCUUGUGACAUGUCACCUCAGGAAUUGAGAUGUGGUUUCAUUUGUCUGUUCAUUUUCUUGUUAAAAGACCACAGUGUAGCUAGGCAAGGCUUAGAGUUGUAAGAUAAAUAUAUUUUUGGCAUAAUGUGAUGGUAUUAAUGCUCCAAGGUUAUCGGAGGAUUUUGUAAUAGACCUACCUCACUGACAAAACUUAAGCCAAAAAUACAACCCAUGGCCCCAGUUGACUUUAGAUUUGCAUUGGCAAAAACAAAGCCUCACAGGUAUUAGACUAAAUAGAAUUAGAGUGACUGUUCAGUCACGUUUCAUUUUUCUUUUACUGGUUAAUGUGUCUCAAGUUGUUGAGCACUUGUAUCUAAAUGUCACCCUUUGCACUAGUCAUUAAAUACAUGAAAACUUGACAAAAAUAAUGUUCUCUAUAUUUCCCCCUAAUGUAUUUGGUCUUUUAAGUAAUAAAUAUGUGAUUGACUUGUUUUAAUCAAAGUGGGCCACCAUUACUAAAUGUGUUGUGCAUGUGCAAAAUUUUCUUGACGUAUACUGUAACAAAAAGAACCACUGUUCAAAGAAGAAAAAUGUAAUAGCUGUAACAAUGUAAUUGGUAAUGUUCACUGGAUGAAAUAUUCACUUUUAAAAUCACCUAUUCUUCUAAUAAAUAUGCAAUGAUAAA